ACUAAAGAUCUCAGUACAUUUGCAGCUUUUGCUUGAACUUGCGGCCUCAGGGAGGAAGAAGAAGAAGAACAAGAAGAUGUCGUCUGAGGGCUCAGGAUGUCAGCUGGGUGUGGUUGGAUCAUUGGCUCUAUCAGUGGCAUCAUCCGUUGCCAUUGUCAUCUGCAACAAGGCUCUCAUGAGCUCUCUUGGCUUCCCUUUCGCAACAACACUAACAAGCUGGCAUCUGAUGGUAACCUUCUGCACUCUGCACGUGGCACAACGCCUGCGAUUUUUUGAACCCAAGUCGAUUGAUGGCAAAACGGUCCUUCUAUUUGGUGUGCUCAAUGGAACUUCAAUUGGACUCCUCAAUCUCAGUCUCGGGUUCAACUCCAUUGGAUUCUACCAGAUGACAAAGCUUGCUAUCAUACCUUUCACUGUAAUGCUGGAAACUAUAUUUCUGAAGAAGAAAUUCAGCCAGAGCAUAAAGCUCGCUCUUCUCGUAUUGCUCUUUGGAGUUGGUAUUGCAUCUGUUACCGAUCUCAAACUCAAUCUUGUUGGUUCAGUCCUGUCUCUCCUUGCAAUUGCUACUACAUGUGUUGGACAAAUUAUGACAAACACAAUACAAAAGAGGUUGAAGGUGUCAUCUACACAACUCCUGUACCAGUCUUCACCGUACCAAGCAGCUAUACUAUUUUUGACUGGACCAUUUGUUGACAAGUGCCUUACAAAGCGAAGUGUCUUCUCCCACUCCUACUCUCCCCUUGUUCUGGCAUUCAUUGUUCUGUCCUGCUUGAUUGCGGUGUCUGUAAACUUCAGCACUUUCCUGGUUAUUGGAACAACAUCACCAGUGACAUACCAGGUUCUCGGCCACCUUAAGACAUGCCUUGUCCUUUCCUUCGGUUAUACCCUUCUGCAUGAUCCUUUCACCGCCAGGAACAUUCUGGGCAUCCUUGUUGCUAUCUUUGGAAUGGCGUUAUACUCCUAUUUCUGUGUGAAAGAGAGCAAGAAGAAAUCCACGAAGGAUACAGAAGAUGCACCACUUUUAGCAAAUGGACAUCACCAAGAUAAAGAGAAUGGUGAUACCAAGAAAGCUAAUGGGGUUCCUACUGCCACCAAGAAUACUCAUGCCUAG